GGCAUAAACCCACCCACAGACGCAGCCACAUCCUCUGCCGUCUCCCCCAGGCAGAUAUGGAGAAACGAAAGGCUUUCCUGGAGGCAAAUGGAGUGCGUUUCUCCAGCACCAUCUUGGAUUCCUGCUUGCUAAGUUUCCCAGAGGUCAGACUGGAGAGGAUCCAACCGAAUAAAUGGAAAAAUCAAGCGAGAGCUGCAGAUCUUCCCGACCCAGGAGAGGGGAAACAUUCUGAGCUGCAGAUCAGUUUCCCAGUGGUCAGACUGGAGAGGAUCCAACUGUCUAAAUGGAAAGAUGAAGCUGCCGGUCUCACCCACCCAGGAGGAGGGAAACAUCCCGAGCUGCAAAUCAGUUUCCCAGUGGUCAGACUGGAAAGGAUCCAACUGUCUAAAUGGAAAGAUGAAGCUGCAGGUCUCACCCACCCAGGAGGAGGGAAACAUCCCGAGCUGCAAAUCAAGAACUGGCCUUAUAUUGGUUCCAAAUCGUACAAGUUAGUUCCAUUUGGAAAAAAGAUGAAGCAGAAACAGAAUCAAAGAAAUGAGUUUGAACAAAAGGCAGAAGUUCCCAAAAAUCCCGACCCAACUAAAACUCAUUCAAACAGAACAAUAAAAAAGAUCCGAAUACAUCCAAGAGAUAAAACCACAAGUUCCCACUUAACACCCGUCAGUAAGAAAAUGACUGCCCUGAGCACAAAGCAGAGAAUGUUCUCUAGAUCCUACAGCGCGGUGACACCUUUUGUCUGUACAAAGUGUGAGAGACGAUUCCGUAGCAACGAGGAACUUCUCUCCCACAAACGGAUUCACACCGGGAGGCCAUUUGUCUGUACUGUUUGUGGGAAAUGCUUCUCACACAGAAUCAUCCUCCAAGCGCACCAGUGGCUUCAUACUGGGGAGAAACCAUUCCCCUGCACUCAGUGUAAUGAGAGCUUUCUGUACAAAAGGGGCCUUCACCAACAUCAGCAAAUCCACCAGAAGGGGAAACCAUAUGUCUGUUCUACGUGUGGGAAAACAUUAGCAUGGAAACGAAGUCUUUCUCAGCACAUACUAAUUCAUGCAAAUGUAAAACCUUAUUCCUGCUCUGAGUGUGGGAUUCACUUCCGACUAAAGGGAUCUCUUAUUAGGCACCAGAGGAUCCACACUGGAGUCAAACCGUAUCAGUGUACUCAGUGUGGGAAAUGCUUUUCCCAUAAGGAACAACUGAAACUGCACCGUCAGAAUCACACAGGAGAGAAACCAUUUGUGUGUCCUGAUUGUGGAAAGGGAUUUUCAAAAAGAAGCCUUCUCCUGUCCCACCAGUCUGUUCACUCAGGGGAGAAACCAUUUUCCUGCUCAGAGUGUGGCAAAGCAUUUAGAUUAAAGUCACAGCUUUGUAUACAUCAGAUGAUCCACACUGGGGUGAAACCAUAUGUUUGUCCUCGUUGUGGGAAAGAUUUUAUUCAGAAAGGUGAUUUAAAAAACCACUGUCAAACCCACUCAGGGGAGAAACCUUUUGUUUGUUCUGAAUGCGGAAAAAGAUUUACAUUAAAAAAAGAACUCCGUAAUCACCAAUUGGUUCACACAGGGGAGAAACCUUAUGCUUGUUCAGAGUGUGAUAAAUCAUUUAGAAUAAAGGCAAGUCUUCAAAUCCACCAGCGCGUUCACACGGGAGAGAAACCAUUCGAGUGUAAAGAGUGCGGAAAAUGUUUCCGGACUAAGACGAAUUUCAAUUCACAUCAACUAACCCACACUGGGAUGAAAUCUUUUGAAUGCUCUGAGUGUGGGAGGCGAUUCAGUCACAAGAAGGGACUAAUUCAGCACCAGUUAAUUCACACCGGGGAGAGGCCAUUUGAAUGUGUCACAUGUGGGAGAAGGUUUAAUCGUAAAUUUACCCUCAAUAAGCACCAGUUAGUCCACACUGGGGAGAAACCCUAUGUCUGCACUGAGUGUGGAAUGGGCUACAAGGAUAAGGGGAGUCUGGUUGCUCAUCUUCGGACUCACACAGGAGAGGCAGGUAUUCCUUGUACUGAGUGUGGGAAAACCUUCCUGUCAGAGAAAAGACUUAAAUUCCACAUGCAGAUACACACUGGGGUGAAGCCAUUUGCCUGCAAAGAGUGUGGGACAUCAUUCACUCUGAAUUCAUAUUUAGAAAAUCACAUGAAAAAGCAUGCUGGGAUAAAGUCUUUUGAAUGUAAAGAAUGUGGGAAACAGUUUUUUAAAAAGAGUGGCCUUAAGUAUCACCAGUUAAGUCACACUGGGGAGAAACCCUUUGCCUGUACUGAGUGUGGGAAAAGUUACAGACACAAGUCCACUCUUGUUAUUCACCUUCGAGUUCACACAGGAGAGAAACCAUAUGCAUGCACAGAGUGUGGGAAGAAAUUCAGUGAGUUGAAAAGCCUUAAUAGUCACAAACUGACACACACUGGGGAAAAACAUUUUGAAUGUUCCGAAUGUGGGAAACAGUAUUCUCGAAGGGAGGGACUCCAAACGCACCAGCUAACUCACACAGGGGAGAAGCCUCACGUCUGUACUGAGUGUGGGACACGCUUUAGGGAUAGAGGCAAGCUACGUACUCAUCUUCUGAUUCACACAGGUGAGGAGCCAUUUAAAUGUGAAGAGUGUGGGAAAUGCUUUGUUACAAAUCGGAACCUUCAUAUCCACAAACAGACUCACACAGGGGAAAAACCUUUUGCUUGUGGGGAAUGUGGGAAACACUUCUCACAGAAGACGAGUCUGUACACUCAUCGCCUGAUUCACACUGAAGAGAAGAACUUUGCCUGUAAUGAGUGUGGGAAACGCUACAGAGAGAAAGUGCACCUGACGGUUCAUCAGCGGAUCCACACCGGGGAGAAACCAUAUACAUGCAAUCAAUGUGAGAAACGCUUCACCUGCAAGGAGCGUCUCAAGUAUCAUGAGCAGACCCACACUGGGAAAAAGCCAUUCAGCUGUACUGUGUGUGGGAAAAACUUUUUGUUUAAGAAUUAUCUUAAAAGACAUUAUAAGUGUGUUCACAACAGUAAGAAAAUAGAGGAAUCCCCUACUAACGACUCCUAACUGAAUACUAACAGGGGGGUCUGCACUGUUUUCCACUCCAUAGGCCUCAUCAAAUGCAGCUGCCCAUAGCAACCACUCAGCAAUUCUUUUUGAAUAGUCUACAACCACAGUCCCAAACACUUGGCCCCCUGUGAGCUGGGGAUGUGGAUCCAUGUGUCCUUCUCAACUCAGCUGAGGGGAAGUUUUAACAGAGAUCAUCAACUGUCCGGUUAUAAAAGAAAUAAAAUUAAUUUUUAUUUUAA